AGUACAGUUCUUCUUUGUUCUUUCACUAGGACUUCCAACAGCGCUAUAGCGCAAGGUCAAUACCGAUACUCUUGUUGCGUGUUGUUUACUUGAGCACCACAAUCCAUGAGAUUUGUGUACAUAGAUAACAGGAAAGAACACAGCUAGCCGUGACUAGUCGCUCCCUAGACGGCUUCGAUCUCUGUUAAGCAAUGCUCAGCAUCUACCUGCCAGCAUGACGGACGAAUCAAAGCCUCCCGUGGAGGAAACAGCGGCUGCACGCCGUGAGCGGCGUAAGAGGUCGCGAUGGGGAGAAGAGACGGAGGCGGGCAAGAAAAUCCUUGAGGAAACGGCGCAGCAGCCAGAGCCAAAUGCAGCCACAGGCGCAGCGGAUUCGCAGCCACAGGCUGCUGGUGAGCGAGAAGGCUCAGCUGGUCCCGGAACAGGCGACGGAGCACCCCGGAAGCGGCGCAGUCGGUGGGAGCCGGAAGAACAGAAAGUUAUCCCAGGGCUUUCUACUGCAAUCACUCUGCCACCAUCGCUAGCUCACUUAGUUGACAUCAACCCAGAAACACUGGAGCUCCAGAUGCAGCUGAAUAAUAUCAACCAGCGCAUUGCGCUGCUGCAGGCCGGCAAGCUGGCGGACGACACGCCUCCCGAGCAGCGCUCUCCCUCGCCGGAGCCCAUCUACAACGAGUACGGCAUCCGCCUCAACACGCGGGAGCAGCGGCUGAAGGAGAGGCUGCAGGAUAAGCGCACGGAGAUCAUUAUGGAGCUCAUAAAGAAGAACCCCAACUACAAGCCGCCCGCCGACUUCCGCCCGCCGCGCAAAACGCGCAAGAUCUACAUCCCGCAAAAGGACCACCCCACCUACAACUUCAUCGGCCUCAUCAUCGGCCCCCGCGGCAACACGCAGAAGCGCAUGGAGAAGGAAACCAACACCAAGAUCGCCAUUCGCGGCAAGGGUUCCAUCAAGGAGGGGCGCACGCGACGCGACCCGUCGGGUCGGCCCGAGCCGGGCGAGGACGAUGACCUGCAUGUGUUGAUCACGGGAGACACGGAUGAGGAUGUGGAUAAGGCCGCUGCGCUAAUCGAGAAGCUGCUGCAGCCGCAGGACGAGACGCUCAACGAGCACAAGCGGCUGCAGCUGCGGGAGCUAGCGGCACUGAACGGCACGCUCCGCGACCAUGAGCUCAUGGAGCUGCAGCGGCAGGCGGAGGAGGGCACCGACCUCUUCCGGCUGCCCGAACACAUCAAGGAAAAGGUUGAGGAGCAGUACCGGCGGGACGUGGUCGCAGUGCACGGGGAGGCCGCGGGGGCGUCCAUGGAGGACGAGUACAAGAGUUUCCUCAGGGACCUGGGGGGAGACGUGCCGCACAUACCCAGGGAGCUGGAGGGUAUGCUGGGCGAUCGGGGCGGCGGAGGUCGCGGGCGGCCGGGGCUGGGGCUGGGCGGCGGGCGGCACGACGAGGCCGACCCGCGCACCGUGUACGUGGGCUUCAUCCCGCACCAUACCAGCGAGCAUGAGCUGCGGCAGCUGUUCAGCACAUGCGGGGAGGUGGUGGACUGCACCAUCAUCACGGACCGACACACAGGGUCCAGCCGCGGAUUCGGCUUCGUGCGGUUCGCCACAGAAGAGGGCGCGCAGGCGGCCAUUGACCGGCUUCACAACUACGUGCUGGGCGGCAGGAGGCUGGUGGUGCGCGCCAAGGGCGCGCAGCGGCCGGGCGGCGGCGGCGGGGGGCUGCCGCUGCCGCCGCCUCCGCCGGGGCGACCCGGGCUGCACAACUAUGUGGAUUACGCGGAGGGCGUGCUGCGGCCGCCGGAAUGGGUCUUCACGGAUGAUCCGCCGCCGGGCAUGGAUCUCGCCGCCGCGGGUGCCGUACACUCGCCGUUGGAUCCGGCGGCGCUGCCGCCGCCGGAGCAUCUGGCGUCUUCGGAUGCCAUGCACCGUUACAUGGUAGCGCAGGCGGAGUGGCAGGCGGCGCAGCAGGGGGUGCUACUGCAUGGGGCGGGCUUCCCGAUCCCGCCGCCGCCGCCACCGCCGCCGCGGCAGCGCGGGGAUGGGCCUGCCGGCGCAGCGGCGGCGGCGGCUCCGCCGCCGCCACCAGGGUACAACUACUACCUGCAUGCACGAGAGCGGCAGCAGGAGCAGCAACAGCGGCUAGCGGAUGGAGACGGCACGGGUGAGGAGCAGGGGGCGUAUGGUUACGGGGGAACAGACGGCGGUUUGGGCGCGAACGGACAUGGUGGUUUCGGAGCCGGGACUGACAAGCCGCUGACCAUCAUGGAAACCCCAGCGACGGUGUGGCUGUCACCGCCAGUGUCCUUAGAGCCAGGGCCGCCGGGGGUGGAUACCUGGCCACCGCCGGGGGAGCCCGGGCACGGCAUGCCGCCACCGGGCGAGGCCGAUGCGUACGGCGCGGGUGCGUACGGUGGAAUGUACGGCGGCUUCGGGUACGGGUACGAGAUGUACGGCGAUGGAAUUGUGUACGAUCCGGCGCUUUGGGGCGAUGCCUACGGCGCUCAGGGUGCAGCGGCGGCGGCAGCUGCAGCGGAGGGUGGUGGCGCCGGGAAGGGUGCCGAGUCGUCGGCGGCAGCGGCGGCUGCGGCAGUCGCUGACGCGCCACCUGGUGAUGAUGCGGCUGCGGCGGCAGCUGCGGCGGCGGCAGGCAUGCCUGCGGCAGGAGUAGGAGGCGGGAUGGGCUUAGGAGGCGUCGGCGGCGGCGCUGGGCAUCGUCGCGGCGGGCGGAACCGCAGCAAGGCGGGCCCUGCGGUGGUGCAGGUCGUGUCUCUGGAUCCCGCGGAGAUGGAGAAGGCGAGGAAGAAGCAGCAGGAGGAAGAGCAGCGGGCGCGGCGGAUACGUGAGGCUGAGGAGCGGAUGAAGGCGGAUCAGGAGCGGCGGACUCGUGCGGAGGAGGCGGAGCGGCAGCGAGCAGCGGGCGGGGCGGCAGCUGCUGAACCAGCCGACGCCGCAACCGCAGCAGGGGCUGCCUCGGGAGCCGCAGCAACGGGAGGUCCCCCAGGCGGGCUUGGUCGGGGCCCCGCUCCGCUACACCCGCCUCUCCCAGGUCCGCCACCCCUGGAGGGCCCCGGAGGGCCGCAUGGAGGUCUUCGUCGUGGCACUCGCAGCCCUUCGCCGCCGUCGCGACGAUUCACCUCCCGGAGUCCCUCGCCUCCUCCGCGACGGUUCACCUCCCGCAGUCCGCCGCCGCGAGGGCGAUUCGCCGGCAGCCGCAGUCGCAGUCCACCUCUCCGCGGGCGAGGCAGUGGGCGUUACGUCAGCCGCAGUCCGCCGCCUCGGGGAGGCGGCCCGCGCUACAGCCGUAGUCCCUCGCCGGGACCUCGCGGAGGUGGACGGCACUUUCCCGGGCGCUACGGCAAUGGGCCCAUUAGUCCUCCCAGGGGCCGGCGGGGCUACAGCCGAAGCCCCUCGCCCAUGGGUCGCCGCGGCGGCGGCGGUCCGUUCGGCGGACCACGUGGCGGCGGCAGUCGCUACAGCAGCCGGAGCCGCAGCCCAGGGCCAAUGCGGGGGUUGCGACCAGGGUCUCCGAAUGGUGCCGAUUGGUCGGAUGAGGAGGAGCGGCGGGCGCCGAGGGAUCGUGGGCGUGGCGGGGCGCCGGGCGGACCCAUGGGUCAGUCGGGGCCUCCCGCGCCUGGGCAGGCCGCGGAGAAGUCGCCAGAGCCGACCGAAUCUGGCGAGAUAUCGGAGGGCGAGGUGCCUGCCUCCGACGCGGAGGGCCCCGCAGGGCCCAGCGGCCGUACGGGGCGGGAAGGCGAUGGCCGCUUCGGCGGCGAGGGGCGGCGUGGUGGGCGCGGCAGACGAGGAGGAGAGGAGGGCGACGGACG